AGGGUGGGGCUUGGGAAACACCCCCAUCAAGGUGACAUUGUAGGUGGAUUAGUGGACGAAGCCACCUGUCGCAUGCUUACAGCUGUGUACUGGACUCUGGUGUGUGAUCACUUUUAUGAUGUCAUUUAUUGACUCGGAGAGACUGUGCAGAUAUUUUCCUUUACAGGCGCGUAUGGGCUGCCGCUGCGCAGCUGGACGCGUUGCUAAGUUUCUUGCAAGGAGGGGAUCGCCCUUCUUAAACUUUUCAUAGUUACUCUUGGGGUUAUUUUGAAUGCGCAUUACCUACAUAUCUCAAUGCUGGAGCGGCCAGUGCCACACAGAAGAAUGGACGGCUUUAGAAGAGUUGCUUUUCGCAAAAAACCACGAGGUCUGGAAACUGCGGAGCUAGAAGAAGAAGAGAAGAAAGGUGAAACUGGCUGUUUCCAGUCCAAGAACGCUGACGAGGAUGCGUGCGUAGCGGUGAAAAUCGAACACUCCAGAGCUCUAGGUAGUGGUCUGUCGCGUGAACACAGUAACCCGCCCAGUGUGCAGGAGUGUCUGAGUCGGGCGGGUGGUGGGAAGAGUGAGAAGAGCAGGAGAGGGGUCAAUGGAAGAGGCCCCAGCAGCAGACCUCAGCUGCCGACUAAACCACAAGUGCCUCCAAAGCCAGCACACCUCCAGAGCCCGGUGACAGAGCUCUCGUCCCCGCUGAGCCACAUCCAGAAACCACUGCUUAGAUCGGGCAUGGAGGAGGGAGGGGGAGGAAGAGGGGCUGUGAACCGGGAGAGAGCCAGAGAGAAACACUCCAAAGUCUCAGACCUCAUCAGCCGCUUUGAGGAGAACAGCAACACAGAGAACAAGAGAGACGUUUCACCGCUAAAGAUCAGCAAGUCGUCCAACUGCAGCCCAGCUCACCACGCCUACCAGAAGCAGACAGACACUGGCAGGAUUCAGGAGAACCGGUCGGCCGCAGAUUUGGGCUCAGCACCGGCCGAGCCACAGGAUGCUCGCAAGCCGGCAGCUAACGGGGUGCUAGCACAGAUGGAGCAGGACAAGGAGAAGGAGGAUAAAAAGGAGGGGAACGAUGAAAGUGUGAGGAUAGAGACUGCUGGGCUGGUGAAUGGAGAUAUGGGGGACGGGAGCACAGAACAGAGUGAUGAUCAUUCACCUCCACACACAGGCAGGACUGGUACAGAAAGCCACAUGGAGAAUGAGGACAGUGGAACUAAAACAGAGAGUGAACACAGAAAUGAAGAAGGGAGCACAGACCAAAAGGAGACAAAUGAACAGAAGCUGUUUAAGAUCGCCAGCGAGCUCUUGCAGACAGAGAAGGCCUAUGUAGCGCGUCUGAACCUGCUUGACCAGGAAUUCUGUGCUAAGCUAAUGGAGGAGGCAAACAAAGGAACAUUCCCAGUGGAUGUGGUGAAGAACAUCUUCUCCAACAUCUCCUCCAUCAACGCCUUUCACAGCCAGUUCCUGCUUCCAGAUUUGGAGAAACGUAUGGGAGAAUGGGAGUCCACACCCCGGAUCGGAGACAUCCUGCAGAAACUCACACCCUUCCUCAAGAUGUACGCAGAGUACGUGAAGAAUUUUGACAAGGCCAUGGAGGUGCUGAAACAGUGGACCGACCGCUCGCCUCAAUUCAAGGCCAUCAUUCAGGAGAUACAGAGUCAAGAGGCUUGCGGCUGCCUGACGCUUCAGCAUCACAUGUUGGAGCCGGUGCAGAGAGUUCCUCGCUAUGAGAUGCUGCUUAAAGACUAUUUGAAGAAGCUGCCUCAGGACGACCCUGACCGACGAGAUGCAGAAAAAUCGUUAGAAAUUAUUGCCACAGCAGCCACUCACUCCAACAGCGCCAUACGAAAAUCUGAGAAUCUAAAGAAACUCUUGGAGAUAUACGAGAUGGUGGGUGAGGAGGAGGACAUCGUUAACCCCUCUAAUGAGUUCAUCAAAGAGGGCCACAUCCUGAAGCUGGCAGCCAGGAACACCUCCGCUAUGGAGCGAUAUCUCUUUCUGUUCAACAACAUGCUGUUGUACUGCGUGCCCAAAUUCAGCCUGGGAGGGCCCAAGUACACAGUGAGGACACGGAUCGGCAUCGACGGCAUGAAGGUCGUGGAAACAACCAAUGAGGACUACCCUCAUACCUUCCAGGUGUCAGGGAAGGAGAGGAUGCUGGAGCUACAAGCCAGCUCAGAACAGGACAAGGCAGACUGGAUAAAGGCUUUCCAGGAGACCAUCGAGAUCUUCCAGCAAAAAAAUGAGUCAUUCAAGAGUGCGUCUAAAGAUGUGGAGGAAGUAUCGAAUGCAGAGCUGGGGAAGCGUGCCCCGCGUUGGAUCCGCGACAAUGAAGUGACAAUGUGUAUGAAAUGUAAAGAGUCUUUCAAUGCUCUGACACGGCGGAGGCACCACUGCAGAGCCUGUGGCUAUGUGGUGUGCUGGAAAUGCUCAGACAAUAAGGCACCGCUCGAAUAUGACGGCAACAAGCCGAACAAGGUCUGCAAGGACUGCUACUCCAUCCUGGCAGGAAAAGUGGUGACUGAGGAGGGCAAGAAGAAAGGCAUCCUGGAGAUCGAGGCAGCACAGUUCACAGGCAGCAGCAUCAUGUGUGGCUUCCUGCAGUACUGUGAGAAGAACAAACCCUGGCAGAAGGUGUGGUGCGUCAUCCCUGAGAAGGAGUGUCUGGUGCUAUACCUCUACGGCGCUCCGCAGGACGUGAAGGCCCAGAGUACCGUCCCUCUCCUGGGUUAUUCUGUGGAUGACACUGCCCGGCCCACGGACCCUCCAGCCAGCUUCCGCCUCACCCAGUCCAAGUCUGUCCACAACUUUGCUGCUGAAACCGAGGAGCUUAAGCAGCGCUGGCUGAAAGUGAUUCGAGUGGCAGUGACCGGGGAAGUGCCAGAAUGCCCUCAGCCCAACGGCAGCAACAUGAUGGACAACAACAACACACAAGACGCGGGUACUGAUAGCACAUAAGGGUGCGUUUUCUACAAGCAACCAGCUCUCUGACUUCUUUUUUUUUUUUUUUUUUUACAAGCAAACUGCUAUUGGAUUGCUCAAGAAAGACAGGAUGUGCAGAUGUGUACUGCACAAACACAAUACAAAUGCACACUCUCUAUGCUGUCCUUGAAACUGAAAGACUAAAUGGAAAAAUCAGUGCUGGAUAAGCUGCUUUUUCUUGCCACUAUCCUAUUUCCCACUAUAUUCUUGGAUUUUCUCAUAAACUCAUCAGCAGCUGUGCUGGAUUACUAAAGGACAUGUCUGGUACAAUCAACACUAGAGCAUAGGGGCCUCAGGAUUGUUUCCAUGUCCCUCAGACAGGCAUUUUUAAGGACAGCUCAAAACCGUCUUCAUGAACUCUUUCUGUGUCAACUCCACUUGAGCCAGUGCACUACCACAGACUUACAGAGUGCCCUAAAGCAGGAUGUGAAUCAAAGCAAAAGGAGGGACUAAAAUAAGUCUGCUGGUGCUGUAACUCAGCUCUGUGUAACUGUACAGUAUAAAUGUUUUUUUUUCUUUACAAAAAGGAAGAAUUGUGUUUUUAUGCACAAAAAAUCAGAUUCAAACCCUGCUAAGUAUGAUAUAAAGUAUUUACAGUAUUUCCUCAUUUCUUUGCUUGAGAAGAGGGCUCCCGAACUGCCAAAAAGAGCAUGUGGUUGAAUGUACAUCCUCUUGUCCCUCAACGUGGAUGUACGUUGGCUGAUCUGUCUGCCUGCUUGCAAGUGGUAGUAGCUGUACUAGAGAGCGCGUUUUCUGUUACGCUAAAGGAACUAAUUUGCAAAUCAACUAGUUUUAUCUUCACACAGCCAGCUGACAGUAGAGUAGGUUGAGCCUAAAUUACCAGCUUCAUAAUGGCCUGUAGGGAUAAAUCCCCUCUGGCGGUAUAUAUGUUAUUUUAUAUCACAAUACCAAUAUAUAUCCUGAUGCAGUAAAUUCCCUGGAAAUACAAUUGAGGAUCCAUUUGGUCCAUUGGGUCCUACAAAUCCCAUAAUGCAACUCAAUAGCUUCUUUCAUAAGACCUUUCCUGCUUGUAAAAUCCUGUAUCAAACCUCACACCCCCACUUUAUAACACAGGUUUUGUAUCAAAUAUUUGAAGUCUCAUCCUAACUCAAGAUAACCUGGAUGACAUCACUGUGACAUCACCGGGAUGUUCUCAAGUCUUAAGGUUCCCAGCAGAGAUGCAGAAGACAUUAUACAAUGUUUUCACUGGUUGAACAGUACUGUCCUUGACCUUUAUGUGUAAAAUUGGUGGUAUAGCUACAUUGGUAAAAACAUUAGUCAAAUCUUUACCAGGUAAUAAAUCCUUUGGCCCGCACAGUGCUGUUUGUAUUAAAAUGGCAGAUUGCAAUCCUGUGUAUUCUUAUGUGAUAUAAUAACUGAUGGAUGAUGGUAAAUGCCUUGCCUGACUAAAGGUCAGACAAGGCAUGGACCACAAUUCAUUUGGAGAGAUGUGCAGGGAUCAUCAGUGUCUUUGUGUGGCAAGGUUUUCUAUUUAGAUGCAAAUGCAGCACAAUCACAGAAAAUAUAGCAAGCUGGUGCAAGAAUUGUAAAUGCUGUAAGUAAUUUUAUUAUUUAAAGUAAUUUAUAGAGUAUGACAAGCAUGAUCUGUUCAAAAGUAGCACAAAAUUUGUUCCCUCACUGUCAGCUAUGAAGUGCGGAAGGUUUUUCGGAGAGGUUUUUCCACUAACUUGUUUAACUUGUCACCUCUGGUUCUCCAGUGUGACAGCGACCAGUCAUAGUGCUGGACGGACUGUUGGGGGGGGUGGGUGGGAAAUGUGCCUAUAUUUUCUGCAGUGAGUGUGUUCAUUCACAGCGUUCCCCCUGUGAUCGAUGCUGGUGCUCACCCGAGUCUCAACCCUCAUAACUAAGUAUUAAAAUAAAAAAAAGAAACAAAAGCACAAAACGUUCCUGUCUGUAAGAUCUGAAUGUAUACCCAGAUUUUUGUGUCUUUUCAUCCCCUCCCCAAAGUUUUGAGAAUCUACGCACUUUACAGUCUUAUAAAGUGUAAAACAAGAUUAAACAUUAUUUAUGUGGAUCUAGCUUGUUUCGUAAUGUUAUUUUAACAGUUUCCAUCAAAGCAAGUUAAAACACUUCUCGUCACUUUGUUGACGCUACUUUCACAAAGUCUUUUUUUUUGGUUCCUUGUUUUGCUUCUCCUGAUACAACCAUUUUCACUAUGAGUCACCCCAGACAUGCAUGUAAAAAUAGGCGAAGUUAGUAGUUGCCAUUUGUCAGAAGUGGUUGAAACUCUGGAGACCUAGGUGAUACAUGACACCCUUAAAUAUGAUGCCUAUAGCUAGUCUGAAAAACAAAAAUACCAUCAAAGAGUAAUGUCGUAAUGGA